AUUUACUACAAUUAACAACCACAAGUUAAUUUGUAUUUUUCUUCAAAUGGAUUAUAAUUGAUCAACAAACAAUCAAAGAAACCAUUCCGGAGAGGAUGAAUGCGAGCGGGGAAUCCGGCGGGACGAUGGCGAGUGAUGAUUACGACAGCUGCAGUAGUGCAGAGGAAGAUUCAGGUUCGAAUUUGCCACCUUGGGAGGCAGCAACAGCUGCUUUGAUCCUAGGAUUUUUAGUGCUUGCAACAGUGCUGGGAAAUGCACUAGUGAUACUAUCAGUAUUCACCUAUCGACCUUUAAGAAUAGUCCAAAAUUUUUUCAUCGUCUCGCUGGCAGUUGCAGACUUGGCAGUGGCAAUAUUGGUGAUGCCAUUUAAUGUGGCUUACCUCUUGCUGGGUAAAUGGAUAUUUGGAAUCCAUCUAUGUAAACUCUGGCUUACAUGUGAUGUUCUAUGUUGUACAGCAAGUAUCUUAAACUUGUGUGCGAUAGCUCUUGAUCGUUAUUGGGCCAUAACAGAUCCCAUAAAUUACGCGCAAAAGAGAACAUUGAAGAGAGUGUUAGCAACAAUAGCUGGAGUUUGGAUUCUUUCUGGAGCGAUAAGCUCACCCCCGCUCGCUGGCUGGAAUGAUUGGCCGGAAGAAAUUGAGCCAGGGACACCUUGUCAGUUGACACAAAGACAAGGUUAUGUUAUUUACUCAUCACUUGGUUCCUUUUUUAUUCCACUACUUCUUAUGAGUCUCGUCUACUUGGAGAUAUUUCUAGCGACCCGACGGCGUCUUCGUGAGCGUGCUAGACAGAGUCGUCUGGGUGCUGUCGCGUCAACACGACAAAAACAUGAAGCAGACGACGCCGAAGAGUCUGUCAGUAGUGAAACAAAUCAUAAUGAACGUUCGACACCUCGUGUUCAAGCCAAACGUAGUUUGGUUGUUGUUGACGAUGAAGCUGCGACGGAGGUAACUAUUAAUGCAACUCCAUCACGUACCAGCAGUCAUCCACGAAGACACGGGGUCACAACAAUGAAUACCACUUCCACCACUGUCUACCAAUUCAUCGAAGAACGUCAGAGAAUUUCAUUAUCUAAAGAAAGACGUGCCGCCAGGACAUUAGGAGUUAUUAUGGGUGUCUUUGUUGUCUGCUGGUUACCAUUCUUCCUCAUGUACGUAAUCGUACCAUUUUGUCCAGCCUGUUGUCCUUCUGAACGUGUCGUCUACUUCAUCACUUGGCUGGGGUACGUCAACAGUGCGCUCAAUCCUCUUAUUUACACGAUAUUUAACCUAGAUUACAGAAGAGCCUUUCGUCGAUUGCUUCACAUUCGCUGAUCCACAAUGCCUCGUGAAUUUACUCACGUUUGAUUGAUAUUUCCAAGUAUUUGAGUACUUAUUUUUUCAUUUUAAGCUAGAGAUUUGCUAAAAUCACAAGUGCAUUGAGCACAUAACAUAUUCAAAUCUAGAAAUAACGGAAACAAGAAAGAACUUGCUAACUUCAACAUAAAAAAAUACACACACACACACACAUUUUUUUACAAAGUUGACCAAACUUCACUAUGUAGGUCAAAAAACAAUUGUACCUAAGGAUAUUGAAAUCAUUUGCGCUGCUUUUAAUGCUUUUCUGUAUUUUUUUCUGCCUUUCUCUGUUCUAUCAUCUUUUAUUCUCUUAUCAAUACUCCAGAAUUUUCGAUUCUCAUUUUGCAAUACAAUUCUGGAGAACUGAGAAAAUUGCGAGGAAAUUGAACAGACUAAGAGCAUGAAAAUGAGAGAAAGGUAAGGAAAAAAACAGAAACAGUAAAUAUGAAAGGAGUAAGAUCUAGAAUUGAAAUUGAAAGAACAUUUUUGUUAUAACAGUAAUGAUGAUGAUAGACAUUGGAAUUACACUAUCCAAAAUUCAUAUAAUUGUAACUAGCAACGACGAAGACUCGUGUAAUUAAUAGGUUAAUGAUUUUAAUUGCCAGUAGAGAGCGUCAAUCCCCCCGUAAUCUCCGUUAUAUAAUUCCAAGUAUUAAGGUUGUGAGUAUUAUAAUUAUUAAGUAACUAUUAAGUAAAUAAAAUUCAUAUUUAAAUAUUGCGACAAAAAGUCGACAAACAUAUCGACUUAGCCUCGGUGACAACAAAAAAAAAAUAAUAUGAUGAAAAAUCGAAAAAAAAUAUUGUAACGUCCGAAUUUAUAAUCGGAAUACAAACAUACAUACUCUAAUAAGGUUGUGAUAAGGUUGUGAGAUAUACAUUAAUUUUUAGCCGUGCUUCGAGUAUGGGAAUUUUUAAUUGAGAAAAUGAUAAACUUAGCGGUGAUUGUAAUUAAUUUAAGUAAUGUCCAAUAACAGCACGAACUCUCUUGACCAAGGCAUUGGCACAUCAAGCAAUCAAUAGACUUCUAGGAGGUGGUGAAUGUAUGGGUAUAUAUCCUGAUAUCACGUUCACACAAGAGUAAAGUUUAUUUAUUGUUGUAGAUAUCAGGAUAAUAUUACUAGUACUUUUUACUUUCAACUCACAUACUGGUUUAUAUUGUGUUAUAUCAUUUUAAGAUAAUUGAACUUUGUCUAUUACUUUUCAGACUUUUUCAUUCUUUGAGACAUCACAUCUCUUCGCCAUUUCAUCUCAAAAACACUUUUUUUAUUAUUAUUAUUAUUCUUAUAUGUUAGUUGUUAUAAUUAUAUUUAUAGUCACUUUGUUAUUGAUUGAAUAUAUGAAAGCGUACGCUUCAACUAGUUGAAUUAUAUACAAUUUAUUCAAUAUGGUCAGUUUGAUUAAUCUAUUUUUUAUGCAAACUAAUUGAUAUCGAUUUGGAAAUAGUUGACUUUUAGAUUGAUGUAUUUUUUUAAUGGGUAGACAUAGACAAGCUGAUAAAGUACACGGAGACAAAUAAAUAGGCAUUUAUUUGUUGAGUGGUUGUUUAUUUUGUUUAUUUAUUAUUAAGGUUUUUUGAUGAAUGAGGUAAAAUAUACCUUAUUAUGAUACUUUUUUCAAAGAAAAAUUCAUUCUUGCAUUAAAUGCAAUAAAAUUUGAAUCGUAGGUUUAUGAUUUAUAAAAGUGACUCAAGCUUUUAUGCAAAAAAGAUGAAAUAAAAUUUUUUUCUAUGCACUUGGUUAUGGUUUUAUUCAAUAACAAAGCUUAGACUUGUUAAAAAAAAUGAAGUUCAUUAAACU